CUUUUACCUCUCACCUUGCACAAGAAUAAAGGGAAACUUAGGCUAUUACUCACUUCAGGAUAUUAUGAACAGUCUGCGGCUGAAUGGAUUAAGAAAAUUGCCGCCGGGCUUCCGUUUUCAGCCGACGGAGGAAGAGCUUGUGUUUCAGUACUUGAAAUGCAAGGCCUUUUCCUUCCCUUUGCCUGCUUCUAUCAUCCCUGACCUCAAUAUUUGCAAUUUUGAUCCCUGGGAUUUGCCUGGUGAGUUGGGGGAAGAGAGGUAUUUUUUUAGUAUGAAGGAAGCCAAGUAUAAGACCGGGAACCGGAUAAACCGGGCGACUGCUUCCGGAUAUUGGAAGGCAACCGGGUCUGAUAAGAAAAUCAUAUCAAGGAGAAAUCAAGUAGCAGGGAUGAGGAAAACCCUAGUUUUUCACAUGGGGAAGCCUCCACAUGGAUUAAGAACUGAUUGGAUCAUGCAUGAAUAUCGUUUAGUCAAUGUGCCAAACAAUGAUUUCAACUUGGCAAACAACCCAAUGAUGCAGAAUUAUUUGAAUCAUGAGAUGGAAAAAUGGGUACUAUGUCAUGUAUUUUUGAAGAAAACCAGUAAGAAAAGUAGUGAGGAGGAGAUUAUGCAGAGUUUUUGUAAUAAAAAUAGAAAUAAAGCAUUGGGUCAUAGGAUGGAACCCAAAGUGUAUAAUUUUAUGAGAGAAAAAGAUGCUGAGCCAUCAUCUUCAUCAUCAGCAAGUUCGAGGAGUGAUAUCACUGAGGUGUCUUCAAGUGCAUGCAGCAGACAAUAAUGAAAGAAAGGAACUCACUACCAUACUGUAUAAUUUAGGUGGAUAAGUUCUCUACAUCAGCAGUCUGUUUUUGUUAGUGCAUCUAUAUUGACUUUUGGAAAACUAUUUUAUUAUAAUAUAAGAUAUAAAUUGAUAUAAAGAAA